AUGAACGUUCCCGAAUUAAACAAGAAGUUCAAGGCAGUGAAGAAGAUGGGUGAGGAGAUGCAGGCCAUUAUAGGAGAUCUGAGUAAAGUAUUCGAGCAAGAACCGAGAGAGGAAGAGAAACGCAAGCGCAAAUCAAGUAGGAGCGAGGAGUCAUCGGAUUCUGACUCUUCUUCGGACUCGAGUGGCGCAACAUCACCGACCGGGACCUGUGACGAGGAUGAGCGUCCUAGGCAGAAGAGACAGAAAAAUGGAGAUGGAUCUUCGGACAAGGAGAAUAAGUCGGCCGGUUCAAGCGCGGAACUGUCGAAGGAGAUGCAAGCAGUCUUGGUGGAUGAUCCAGGCAAGUCGAGCGCUAUUAAAGUAGACAUCCAUGAGAAGCUUCUCAAUAACCUAAAAUACUAUUACCGCUUGGUGUUGGAAGAGAAAGAAAAACUCGUCGGAAAGUAUGAAGUACCCGAGGAAUUUAAGGCGCCUGAACUCAAUCGACAGCUGAUAUCCCAACUAAAAGAAAAAACCUUGAAAAAGGAUGAGUACAAAUAUGAUACUCAGAAAUUAUUGGCCUCAGCGCUUACCGCCUUAGGGGCAGGUCUCGCAAUAAUUAAUGCUGGUCUCUCCGAGGGAGUUGAUGCUAAUACCUUUGUGGAACUUAUCUCUGAUGUUGCCAAACUACUGACAGAGGCGCUAUACAGCCAAACUCAAUCAAGAAGAGCUUGCAUUAUCCCGCUUAUAGAUUCAAAGAAAACUCGAGAUUUUUUGAAGCAAACAAAGCCAGACUCUUCAUCAUUUGGAUCCAACCUCGAAUCUGAAAUGAAGAAGUUCAAAGAAGCUGAAAGCAUAUUCGAAUCUAAAAAGCAAUCUGCUUCGACUUAUACCAAGCCCCAGGGAAACGGAAAGCGCCCGUUCGACAGAAGGCCACUAUCGAACUAUCAGGGCAAUUCCAAUACACCUACCACAGGACAGGCCCGACAAAAGCUUUAUUUCAAAAGAUACAACCAAGGGUUCAACCAGAGAUUCAACAACAAGAUGAAACCAUACCAGAGGUCGAUCAAGGAUGAUAGCACCAGAAAAAUUGUAAAGAAAGCGGUGUUAGAUCUGGUUAAAAAACAAGCUGUUGUACAAUGUAAGAGCGAGAAGGGGCAGUUCUUGUCAACUUUUUUUACGGUCGAGAAACCAGAUGGGUCGCAAAGGUUUAUAUUGAACCUCAAGAAAUCAAACAAAUUUGUACAGAUCGAGCAUUUUAAGAUCGAGGAUUUGAAAUUAGCAACUAAGCUUAUAGCUCCGGGUGAUUUGAUACUAUCGAUAGACCUUAAAGAUGCGUAUCUUACUGUGCCGGUUCAUGAGAAAUAUCAAAAAUACUUAAUGUUCAAAUUUGAGGGUAACUAUUAUAAGUUCGUCUGCCUCCCGUUUGGUCUCAGCACAAGCCCAUACGUUUUUACAAAGAUUCUAAAACCGAUAGUCAUCUCUUUACGAUCCUCGGGUCUUCUGUCUGUGAUUUACUUAGAUGAUUAUUUGUGUAUUGGAAAUUCUGAACAGGCAUGCGCAGCACAUGCAGAAAAAGCUAUUAAACUUUUCCAGAGUUUAGGUUUCCUGGUCAAUUUUGAAAAAUUGUGUAAAGUACCAAGCAAUAAAGUCAAGUUUCUAGGGGGACAGACACCACCCGAGAGCCCGCGACCUACAUUUGAUAGCAGCGAUUGUAUCAGGAUAGCGCUCUAG